GUUGCCAAUUGCGACAACUUUGAGUCCACCUACUGUGUUAGGCGUUACAAAAAGCUUCAGGCUAUCAAAAAGGGCAGCUGCAAUACGCUCACAGAGUUCCAGAAAACAGAGGGAAUAGGAAUGGAAAUAAUUAGAGGAAUUAAUGGAAGCUGAGCAUUCUAGCAUGAUGUUACCCAACAAACAAGUUGUGUUCGAGAAUUAUGUUGAAGGGUAUCCUAAAGAGACUGAUUUUGAACUAAGAAGUUCAAUGAUAAGUUCCCAAAUACCUCAAGGGUCAAAUGGUUUGUUUGUAAAGAAUCUUUACUUGGGUUGUGACCCUUACAUGAGACACAAGAUGUCUGCUCAUAAGUCUAAGGAUAUUUCUUUACUGGCCUCAUUCCAACCUGGUUCUGUCAUUAUUGGACUUGGUGUGGCAAAAGUUAUUAAAUCAGCAAAUGCAGAUUUUGAUGAGGGGGAUUGUAUCUGGGGAAUGACUGGUUGGGAAGAGUAUAGCUUGAUUCUUAAUCCAAAUGGACUUUUCAAGAUCAAAUAUACAGAUGUGCCUCUCUCAUACUAUGCUGGAAUUCUAGGUAUGCCAGGACUUGCAGCCUAUAUUGGCUUUAAUAAUGUAUGCUCUGCCAAGGAAGGAGAUAUAGUGUAUGUCUCCUCUGCAGCAGGAGGAGUUGGUCAGCUUGUUGGACAAUUCGCAAAAAUGAAAGGUUGUUAUGUUGUUGGCAGCGCUAGUACUGAUGAAAAGGUAAAUCUUUUAAAAUCAGAACUUGGCUUCGAUGAUGCUUUCAACUACAAAGAAGGGAAUGAUUUUGCUGGAGCCUUGAAAAGGCACUUCCCCAAGGGUAUUGAUGUUUACUUUGAGAACGUUGGAGGAAAUAUGCUGGAUGAGGUACUUUUGCACAUGAAUCUCUAUGGUAGGAUUGCAGUUUCUGGGAUGAUCUCUCAGUACAAUUUAAAGAAACCAGAUGGUAUUCACAAUUUGUUUUGCCUUAUCACGAAGAGAUUACAAAUGGAAGGUUUUUCUGAGUUUGACUUCCGGCACAAGGUUCCAGAAUACCUCGAGUUUGCUAUUCAGCUUAUAAGAGAGAAAAAGCUGGUUUUUGUAGAAGACAUUGCUGAGGGUUUAGAAAAUGCUGCAUCUGCUUUCGUUGGUAUUUAUCACGGGCGAAAUGUCGGAAAGCAGAUUAUUCAGGUUUCAACUGACUGAGAACUUGAAUGAAAACAAAAAAUUUCUGUAUUUCAUUCAUCCUUCCUAUCAAACGCUGUCAAAGCAAUAUACUGAUGAUAUUGAUGUAAUCCUCCUUUUGAAUAAAUUGUUGUAUUAGUUUUCUGGUGAAA